AUGGGUCCACAAGGUCCAGCUGGGCAAAAGGGGGAUAGUGGCGAACCAGGAACGGAUGGAGAGCCAGGUGACCGUGGAUUGAUUGGUAUAAGCGGCAGACCGGGAGAAAAGGUAUUUUGUCCACUACAGGCGGAAAAAUGACGAGUGAUUUUUUAAGAAGUUCACAUCUACGCAAAGCAUGACAUUCUCGCUAAUAGUUUGCCGAGCUACAGUCGCGACAAAAAUUGUCCUUACGACUAUUCUUUUUGAAGAACUCUUGAAUCAAUCGAUGUCUUUCAAAUCGGCUUUCACCAAAAUGUUGCUUAUGAUUUGAAGUAUAUUUGUUAGAAAAACC